ACCAGUGACAAAUCCGGUCUUUUCUUUUUUUUUUUUUUUUUUGAAAAAAUUUGAAUGCCACUACUACUAACAAAAUACAACAAAGUUUUUUUCCUAUGGUCCUCAUAAGAUAUAAACAAGACGACGACCAAGAAGAAGAUUCCAUAUGCCCAUAAGAAUGACCAAAAAAAAUCCACAAAUACAUUGAAUCAAUUGUUUUUUUUUCACAAAAGUCAACAAAUACAACAUAAACAUUUGUGAUCACUCAUUUAUUCAGUGUGUGUGUGCAUGUGUGGGUGGUUGUUUAUGUGCCAUAAAAAAAAAUUCAAGUCAAUUUUCAAUCAAUCACCAAAAACGUGCCAAUGAUGAAAAAUAACAACAAAACAACAAUGAUAUCGAAGGAACUGGAAGAUCAACAACGAUCAUCAUCAUCAUCUUCAUCAUCAUCAUCAUCAUCAUCAUACUAUAUUAACACAACAUUCAUAUUGAAUGAAAAUGGCGUUCCAAAACAACCAGUUACACAAUCAUCAGAUAUUAAUCGAAAACCGAUUGCAUUAUGGUGGAAAAAUCUUCGUUAUGAAGUGAAUGAAUGGUAUAUUGAUGAUGAUGGCAGUGGCGGUGAUCGAUCAUCAUGGAUUGGUUGGCCACGUCGUCGUCGUAAAAUUAUCCUCAGACGUUUGAAUGGUUCAUUACGUGAAAAUUCAUUGAAUGCAUUAUUGGGACCAAGUGGUGCAGGAAAAACUUCACUGAUAAAAUGUUUAACCGGUAAUGUUUCCAAAUCAAACAUAACAUCCGAUACGGAAAUCUAUUUAAAUCGUUCAAUAAUUGAUCAACGAUGUACUAUGGCAAAUAAACGGCAAAUGACAUUAGUAGGAUCGAUACCACAAUCAGUACAUGAAAUAGUUUUUGGUUCAUUCACUGUCAAAGAAUUACUUUAUUAUGCAUUUCGUUUUAAAAAUCCAUUCGGACAACGUCAUCAAGCCGGGCAACAUAUUCGCCAGGUGUUGGAAGAAUUAAUGCUCGAUUCAAGAGUACUGGAAACAAAAUUUGAACAAUGUUCCGGUGGUGAACAACGUCGUGUAGCCAUUGCACAGGAAUUAAUGUCAUUGGAAUCAAAGCCACCAUUUUUAUUCGUUGAUGAACCAACCACCGGUUUGGAUAGUGAAGCUGCAUUAUUAGUCAUGCAAUGUUUACGACGAUUAUCAUUGAAUAAUUCCUUGACAAUAAUGGUCUCAAUACAUGCACCCAGUUCGGAAAUUUUAAUGUUAUUCGAUCAUCUUUAUAUAUUAGCUAAAGGUGGUGUUUGUAUUUAUUCGGGUGAACCAAAUCUAAUGCGUUCAUAUCUACUGCAAACAUUACAAUUGGAAAUGGAUGAUGAUCGUUCACCUAUUGAAGAAUUUCUUCGCAUUGCUUCGAAUGGUAUCAACGCAAAAGUUCGUGAAUUAGCGAACAAUACCCUUGAACAAACUAAUCAUGAAAUGAUAAUGAUGAAUGAUGAUUCGAUGAUUGAACAUCUUGUACAAGUACCGAACGGAAUGCCUAGACAUACAAAAUCAUUCAAUUUAGAUGAUCUUUGUAUUCAAAUGUAUCGUCUUUUACAACUUAUAUUCAUCGUUGAUAUAAGAAAAUUAUUGUACAUGCUUUUUGCGAAUUCAUUAUUUGUCUUUUUUGCUGGAUUCGCCACUAAUAGUGAUAUGGUUUUACCAAAUGGUUGUCGACCACAUGAUCCUGAUGGCUAUAAUCGUACAUGUCAAGAUGAAUUAGAAGAUGGUAUACUUACCGGCACCUAUAUCGUAUAUCAACAGGUUCUAUUCAUACUCAUUUCCGCUUCUGCCAUUGGUUUUAGUGCCGUUUUUCUUGUUGAAUUGCUAAAAGUUUUUAUUAAUGAACAUCGAAAUGGCUGGUAUAGUUUAUCAACAUUUUUCUUUGCAUUUCAAUUCGGACAAUUAGCUCAGAUGAGCACAUUAAUUUUCAAUUCAACAAUGGUCAUAUAUUUUACCGGCGGUUAUUUUAUCAUCGAUGAUUAUCAUUUUAAUUGGAAUCGUAUUGGACAUUUUAUCCUCUAUUACUGGUUUCUAAUGGUUUAUCUUCAAUCAUAUGGUCAAUUAGCCGCUCUUGUAUUCAUGGAUAAUAUGCAAAUAAUGACCAUUUGUCUACAAUUAGUAUUUUCAAAUAUGAUUUUGAUGAAUGGCAUUUCAAUUACAUUGGAAAUAAUGGAUAAACCAUGGUUGAUGAUCAUAUCACAUUGUUUAGGAAUCCGUUAUCUAGCCGAUGGUGUUCUAUUUGCAUUCUAUGGUAUUGAUCGUUGUGACACAGAAUCAGAAUAUUCAUAUAUGUUACACGAUUUCAAUAUUGAUCCAGAUAACAUUUACGCAAAUCUUUUGCCUUCAUCAUUGAAUAUUACGGCUUUACGUAUUGCUGCAUUCAUUUUAAUGUAUUUACGAUUUACAUUCAUCGAUAAACGUAUUGUACAGAAAUCUGAAAGACAAAAACGUUUCGCUCAUUCCAUUCCAAUUGAUUAUGAUCAUGUGGAUGAUAAUCAAAAUGAAAAAGAGCAAACAAUUCUUGAUCGAUCUCAUAUAAAUGGGAAAAACAUCUAUAAUCAUCGACAACAAUUUUUACGCGGUCGUCAUAUUAUUGGAUGGAGAUCAUUAUCAGUAUUUGCAACUCAAUCAAUCUAUGAAAAUCGACCUGUACCGUCGGAUGAUGAGACAUCGUCAUCGAUUAAUCGAUCAAAACGAUUAAUAUUGAAAAAUCUUAACGGCCAGCUACAAUUCGGUACGAUAAAUGCAUUAAUGGGUACAUCUGGUUCGGGUAAAACAUCAUUGCUUAAAGUAUUGAAUGGCCGUAUGAAAACACGAUUAGCCGAUUCGACAGAAUUUCAUAUGAGUAAAUAUGUACCAAUUCGUACUUGUUUCAUUACACAAGAAGUAUCUGGACAUCUAAUGCCUGGCCUUACUGUUGGACAAAUUUUAAUCUAUGCAUCAAGACUAAAGAAUUGUCAUAUGAAAAAUCUCGAUGGUGCUGGUGAUCAAACAUUUGUUGAUCAUGAAAAAUUGACUAUGAAAAUACUCAAUGAACUUGAUUUAACCGAUACUGUUGAUACAAUGGUACAACAUUGUUCCGGUGGUCAACGUAAACGUUUAGCGCUUGCCCUUGAAUUAACAUCGAUACAGAUGCCGAACCUGAUCUGUAUUGAUGAACCUACCAGUGGAUUGGAUUCAAAUUCAGCUCGACUUGUUGUUCAAACUUUAGAUAAUUUAGUUAAUCGUCAUCCAGAUAUUUGUAUUGUUGCCAGUAUCCAUCAACCAAAUACCGAAUUAUUAAUGAUGUUUCAUCAUUGUUAUGUACUCGCCCGUGAUGGCCUAUGUAUUUAUUCAGGAAAACCCGAACGAAUCAAAGAAUAUCUUGAUCAAAUAUCCGUACCUGAAUGUGGUCGAGAUCGUUUUCCAAUUGAACAAUUAAUAAAAUAUUCCUGCACUGGUGGUAAUAAUCCUAUUGUCCAACAAAUGGCUGAACGAAGUGAAAAAUUGAUUCGUCAAACAGAUAUUCAAACGGACACGAUUGCCAUACCGGAUGGUGUACAAUUUAAUCGUAUUCGUUUUUCAUUAUAUUCCAUGUGGAUUCUAUCACAACGUUAUUUACAUUAUAUCAUCAGACAUCAAUGGAAAGAAUGGUUAGUUUUUAUAUUCAUCUAUAUGGCAAUCGGUACAUCAUUAGUGGUUUUCUUCAAUUCGAAUAUAAAUCAACCAAGUGGUUGUCUUAAUCUUGAAGAUGAUUUUCUUGCCUAUUGUUCAGCGAAUCGAACAGCAGAUAAAAUUCGUGAAGAAAAACAGAUUAUCAAUUCAAUUUAUUAUAUUGCAUAUGUACCGAUUCUAUUUACAUUAGCAUUAUCAAUGCAAACAAUGUUUACAUUUAUAAAUGAAUUAAAAUAUUUUCUUAAUGAACAUCAUAAUGGAUGGUAUAGUUGUGGUGUAUUCUAUUUACAGAAAUUUCUAUUCGAAACCAUAACAUUAAUUCCAAUCAUAAUGGCAUUCGUCUAUGUAACCGAUAUCUAUUCAAUCGUUUCUGUACAUCAUUAUUAUUGUUGGCAAGUUUUAAUCCUAUUAUUGGCAUCAAUAAGUUUUCAAGCAAUUGGCCAUUUAGUUGCAUUAAUUACAAAUGGCCAUUUUAUAUUAAUGAUACUAUGUCUAGCAUCAUUUGUUUCAACAUUUUUAAUGUUUUCAAAUGCAUUCAAUCCAAUUGAACAGCUUAAUUAUUUUCAACGAUUAUUAUCAUAUUUUUCCAUAUUACGUUUCGUUAAUCAAUCAGAUUUUUGGCUAAUCUAUGGUGGUGAACGCUGUCUUGAACAUGAAAUUCAAUCCAUUCUUUAUCAGCUAAUGAUACCAAAUACGAUGGAAAAUUUCCUUUAUGGUAUAGCCAUGUUGGUCAUAUUGGCCAUAUUUUAUCAUUGUUUAGCAUUAUGGUUAUUAAUAAUCAAAUCAAAUCCAAUGAAUAGCCGUCGUAGCCGUGUACAACGUAUACAAUGUUAUCAUAAAGAAAAAUUGUUAUGUAAAAUGCCAUCAACAUCUUCAUAUUCCGCAUCAUCGUCUUCCGCAUCAACAUCGGAUGAUUUUGUAACGAUUCGAUUAUGAAACAAAACAAAAAAUGUUUACAUUGUACACAUUGCUAGUCAUUUUUACAUUAUAUAUCAAAUGAUGAUGAUUCAUUUUUUUUACUCAUAUUUUCAAUUUUUUCUAUCUCUCUCUCUCUCACUCUCUAACUCAUGGAUUACAAUAAUAACUU